CACAAGUGCGAUGAGAGGAGAGAUCAGUGAGUCGGGAAUGCUUGAGUUGGGUCAGCAUGUUAGCCAGUUCCAGGAAACAGAAAUCAUUUAAAAACAGUGGUUCCCAACCUGCGGUCCGCAAAAGUAGUGCUUGGGACCUUUUAAGGUCUAGUCCUAACCACAGAACUACUCAGCCAUGUUCCAGCGACAGACGACCUGCCUGUCAUGCUCCUGCUUCAGCUACUACGACGCUAAUGUACACCCGCAACUGGACGUUCUCCAUCUCCGUCGACUUCAACAAUAUGUACACACCAACACCCGACCAGUUUAACUCACGCUAUUGUGUGAAUCUUUCACCACGGAUAAACAGUUGCAGUAUAUCUGAAAGAAUAUCUAUAUCAAGAGACUCGGCUCGGCGUUGAGGCUCCAAGCGCCUCCGCCUUGAGACCCCCGACAUCUUGUUAUAGAACUCUUACUAUUGUGUACCUCAUGAACUGGUAAACUAACUCUAUCUUAACUCAAUAUGCUGAGACUUAUCUUAUGCUCUGUAUUCUGUAUUUCUGUUGUAUAUACCUUUGUCUGUACCUUCUGUCUCACACAGACACAAAUACUAUGCGCACGCAUUCAUACACA